AUGAGUAAGAUGCUGAUUUGUGUAGGUCUGGCUCUCCUGCUGCAUGUGCAGCUAGGAUCAACCUAUCUGUUAACAUGUUACUUCACCAACUGGGGUCAGUAUAGACCCGGUGCUGGACAAUUUUUGCCAACAAAUAUUGACCCGUGCCUGUGUGACCAUCUGAUUUAUGCCUUCGCUGGCAUGGAGAACAACGAGAUCAAGACUAAUGACUGGAAUGAUGAUAAUUUCUAUGAAGAGUUUCAAGCCUUGAAAAACCAGAACAAUAAUUUGAAGACUCUCCUGGCUAUCGGUGGAUGGAAUUUUGGUACCCAAAAGUUUAGUGCAAUGGUCUCUACCCCAACUAACCGCCAGACAUUCAUCACAUCUGUGAUCAACUUCUUGAGGUUGAACGGGUUUGAUGGUCUGGACCUUUUUUGGCAGUACCCUGGUUCCCGUGGAAGCCCUCCUCAGGACAAACAUCUCUUCACUACGCUGACACAGGAAAUAAUUGCUGCGUUUGAAGCUGAGAGCCAGUCAAUCAACCGUCCCCGUCUUCUGCUGACGGCUGCUGUUUCCGCCAACAAGCCCAUGAUCAAUGCUUCAUAUGAGAUCACCCAGCUUGGCCAAACUCUUGACUACUUUCAUGUAAUGACGUAUGACUUUCAUGGACCCUGGGAGAAGUUUACUGGGGAGAAUAGUCCCCUGUAUCCUGGUGCAGCAGAUCGAAAUGGCCUCGUAGACUUUAAUGUGGAUUUCGCAAUGAAGUACUGGCAGAGCAAUGGAGUCCCGGCUGAGAAACUUCUUGUCGGUUUUCCCACCUUUGGGCGUACUUUUACUCUGACCAACCCGACCAACACCAGUGUUGGGGCUCCUGCUAGUGGACCUGGGCCUGCCGGACCUUUCACAAAACAAGCUGGAGUCUGGGCAUACUAUGAAAUCUGUUCCUUUAUAUCAAGUGGCGCUGCUCAGGCGUGGGAUACUCCCCAGAUGGUUCCCUAUGCAUACAACAACCAGAAUGUUUGGGUUGGUUAUGAUGACAUCCAAAGCUUCCAAGACAAGAUUCAGUGGCUGAAACAAUACAACUAUGGAGGGGCCAUGGUUUGGACAUUGGAUCUGGAUGAUUUUACUGGCCUUUUCUGUAAUGAGGGGAAAUUUCCUCUGAUCAACACUUUGAAAAGUGGCCUGGAAACUGGAAACCCUGAUUGCAAUAACUGUUCCAGCCCCCUACCAGUCACACAGGCCCCUGCUACACAACAGCCUGGAAGUGACACAACUUUUGGAAUCAUUACUGAAGAGACUACCCCGCAAGAAACCAUCACUACAGCAUGUAAUACUGUUGUAAGCACCCAUGAAGAAACUACACCUGUGGGAACCACUAUCAUGGGAACCACUAUCAUAGAAACCACCCCGGAAGAAACCACCACUAUAGCAUGUGAUACUGUUGUAAGCACCCAUGAAGAAACUACACCUGUGGGAACCACUAUCAUGGGAACCACUAUCAUAGAAACCACCCCGGAAGAAACCACCACUAUAGCAUGUGAUACUGUCAGAAGCACCCCUGAAGAAACUACACCUGUGGGCACCACUAUCAUGGGAACCACUAUCAUAGAAACCACCCCGGAAGAAACCACCACUAUAGCAUGUGAUACUGUUGUAAGCACCCAUGAAGAAACUACACCUGUGGGAACCACUAUCAUGGGAACCACUAUCAUAGAAACCACCCCGGAAGAAACCACCACUAUAGCAUGUGAUACUGUUAGAAGCACCCCUGAAGAAACUACACCUGUGGGCACCACUAUCAUGGGAACCACUAUCAUAGAAACCACCCCGGAAGAAACCACCACUAUAGCAUGUGAUACUGUCAGAAGCACCCCUGAAGAAACUACAUCUGUGGGAACCACUAUCAUAGAAACCACCCCGGAAUAAACCACCACUAUAGCAUGUGAUACUGUCAGAAGCACCCCUGAAGAAACUACACCUGAGGGAACCACUAUCAUAGAAACCACCCCGGAAGAAACCACCACUAUAGCAUGUGAUACUGUCAGAAGCACCCCUGAAGAAACUACACCUGAGGGAACCACUAUCAUAGAAACCACCCCGGAAGAAACCAUCACUAUAGCAUGUGAUACUAUCAGAAGCACCCCUGAAGAAACUACACCUGAGGGAACCACUAUCAUAGAAACCACCCCGGAAGAAACCAUCACUAUAGAAUUUAAUACUGUCGGAAGCAACCCUGAAGAAACUACACCUAAGGGGACUACUACCAUAGAAACCACCCCGGAAGAAACCACCACUAUAGCAUGUGAUAUUGUCAGAAGCACCCCUGAAGAAACUACACCUAAGGGGACUACUACCAUAGAAACCACCCCGGAAGAAACCACCACUAUAGCAUGUGAUAUUGUCAGAAGCACCCCUGAAGAAACUACACCUAAGGGGACUACUACCAUAGAAACCACCACUAUAUAAUGUAAUAAUGUCGAAAGCACCCCUGAAGAAACUACACAUGAGGGAACCACUACCAUAGAAACCACCACAGAAAGAAACAGCACCACUGGAAACACAAGUUGAAAAUGGGUUCUGUGCAUGCAAAGUCAACAAUCCUGUACCUUGAUCCACCAACAAGAUCCGUUCUACUAUAGAAACUAGUUCACAUUAAAAACAGUUAUGUAACCUAAUUUGGCCGUCAUUGGCUUCAGUUAAUCCUUUGUUAUACUGUUUUACUUGCUAUAUCUAUAAUAACUUUUAAAAUCUCAAAUGACUGUAGUAUUCGUGAUGUUUUAGUGGUUUUAAGUCAUUGAUUGCUGGAUGGCUCUGAAUUAAAAAGAAAAGAAAAUA